CGAAAAGAACAUGCGAAGGGGGGCUGCAGGUUCUGUAAAGAAGUGGGUCGGUAUCGUUUCUCCAUAGGAAAUAAGUAUUUUAUCCAUUUUUAAAUAAAACUUCUGCGGUACAGGUUUCAAGUCGUCAGCGGUCUUCCAACAUGACGUCGCUGGAUUUGGAAAAGCUACGAAUGACGGGGGCUGGUAAAGCCAUCGCCGUACUGACAAGUGGAGGAGAUGCUCAAGGUAUGAAUGCCGCCGUCCGUGCAGUGACUCGGAUGGGCAUAUAUGUGGGAGCCAAGGUCUAUCUCAUCUAUGAGGGUUACCAAGGGCUGGUGGAUGGGGGUGACAACAUCAAGCUUGCUAACUGGCAGAGCGUGACCAACAUCAUCCAGCUGGGCGGGACGGUGAUUGGCAGCGCCCGCUGCAAGGCCUUCGUCACGCGCGAGGGUCGUCUGGCGGCCGCCUUCCACCUGGUCCAGCGCGGCAUCACCAACCUGUGCGUGUGCGGCGGGGACGGCAGCCUGACCGGGGCCAACAUCUUCCGCAGCGAGUGGAGCGGGCUGCUGGCCGAGCUCGUCACCGAGGGGAGGAUCACAGAGUCUCUGGCUAAGCAGUACACCCACCUGAACAUUGUGGGCCUGGUCGGCUCAAUUGACAAUGACUUCUGUGGCACGGACAUGACCAUCGGCGCAGACUCCGCCCUCCACCGCAUCAUGGAGAUCACCGACGCCAUCACCACCACUGCUCAGAGUCACCAGCGCACGUUUGUCCUGGAGGUGAUGGGUCGACACUGCGGGUAUUUGGCUGUGGUGUCUGCGCUGGCGUCAGGGGCCGACUGGCUUUAUGGAGGCCCGAGGAGGUGGUGGGAUGCGCCCUGUCUGACACGUGCUGUGCUCCUGCAGAGUCGCAGUAAGGGCUCCAGGCUCAACAUCGUGAUCAUCGCGGAGGGGGCCAUCGACAAGAACGGCAAGCCCAUCACAUCCGGCUACGUGAAGGAUUUGGUGGUGAAGCGGCUGGCGUACGACACGCGGGUGACGGUGCUGGGUCACGUGCAGAGGGGCGGCACGCCCUCCGCUUUCGACAGGGUGCUGAGCAGUAAAAUGGGAGUGGAGGCAGUGGUAGCGCUGCUGGAGGCCACGCCUGAGACCCCGGCGUGUGUGAUUGGACUGUCGGGCAACCAGGCCAUGCGCUUGCCCCUCAUGGAGUGUGUGCAGAUGACUAAGGAGGUGCAGAAGGCCAUGAAUGAGCAGAGAUUUGAAGAAGCCAUCCAGCUUCGGGGGAAGAGCUUUGAGAAUAACUGGAACACAUACAAACUGCUGGCCCAUCAGAAACCUGCUCAGUCUAAGAGCAACUUCUCCAUGGCGAUUCUGAACGUGGGCGCCCCCGCUGCGGGCAUGAACGCGGCCGUGAGGUCGGCGGUGAGGGUGGGGCUUGCUCAGGGUCACAGGGUCUGCACCAUUAACGACGGCUUUGAGGGCCUGGCCCAAGGAGCGGUGACUGAGGCAAAUUGGCACGAUGUGGGAGGCUGGACUGGCCAGGGUGGCUCACUGCUGGGGACGAAACGAACUCUUCCGAAUUCCUGCAUGGAGAAAAUUGUGGGCAGCAUCGGCAAAUAUGGAAUCCAGUCCCUGUUGGUCGUAGGAGGGUUUGAGGCCUACGAGGGUGUGCUGCAAUUGGUGGAAGCCCGCGGCCACUACGACGAGCUCUGCAUCCCCAUGUGCGUCAUCCCGGCCACCAUCAGCAACAACGUCCCCGGGACUGACUUCAGCCUGGGCGCCGACACUGCCGUCAACGCCGCCAUGGAGAGUUGUGACAAGAUCAAGCAGUCCGCCUCGGGAACCAAGAGGCGCGUCUUCGUGGUGGAGACCAUGGGCGGUUACUGCGGUUACCUGGCCACCACCACGGGCAUCGCCGUGGGGGCCGACGCCGCCUACGUCUUUGAGGAGCCCUUCAACAUCCACGACCUGAAGACAAAUGUGGAGCACCUUACUGAGAAGAUGAAGAAUGACAUACAGAGAGGCCUGGUGCUGAGGAAUGAGAAAUCCAAUAAGCACUACACCACUGAAUUCAUACACAACCUGUACUCGGCUGAGGGCAAGGGCAUCUUUGACUGCAGGAUGAACGUGCUUGGCCACCUGCAGCAGGGAGGGGCCCCCACACCCUUUGACAGAAACUUUGGCACGAAGCUCGGAGUGAAGGCCGUGCUGUGGAUCACCGAGAAGAUGAGCGAGACGUACAGACAAGGGCGUGUGUUCGCCAACUCCCCGGACACGGCCUGCGUGAUCGGCAUGACCAGGAAAGUGCUGUCCUUCAGCCCUGUGACUGAACUGAAGUCUCAAACGGACUUUGAACACCGCAUGCCGAAGGAGCAGUGGUGGCUGAACCUGCGCAUGAUGCUGAAGAUGCUGGCCAAAUACCAGACCAGCUUCGAGUACAUCCCCGGAGAGAUCGAACACGUGACCCGCCGAACCCUCAGCAUCGAGACCGGCUUCUGAGGGACCUGCCCAAGCGCCCCGGCCCCGCCCCCCCCCCCCUCCAACCAGGGGGAACGUACCCCUGUGCCUAAGCCUACUGAACCUCUAUUAGCUUUAAGCUUUUAAACCUUCAUCCUACAGAUUCUACUGCCGUUUUGCAUUUUUACAACACUAACAAACUGUUAGCGUAGCUUCAAAUGACAGACCUCUUAGAAUAACUUGUCUUUUUGAAUUAGAAUUAUUGGCUUUUGAAAUGAUGGCAAGUAUCUUUUAGGAUAAUGGAGAAUCCAAGGAAAAGGUGUGGUUCAGUAUUAGGCCUCUGGUACCUUUGUUUCAGUAGGGUAAAUUGUGAUUACAUCUACUUCUCUAAGAUGAUAUAUUGAUUCCUGUAGUCAGUAGUGUUGUGUUGUGCCUUUGCCAUUUAAGUGUUGAACUAAGAGGUACAACGUAUCUCCGUGCUGCUUUCAGAGGGGUCCAAGCAACAGUGUUGGCACUGUUAAUAACUUUCAUGACUGGAUCAGACUUAACCUCUGGUAACAAACACACAGACAUGGAGCUAGUUUGCUAUGUGCUGUACACACAACAAUAUGUUCUGUGUUAUUAGAAGGACAAUCCCUGUUGUUUUUUUAACUGUGGUCAGAUCAAUUCUCUUUUUAUCCCAAUGUCUGAAACUUAAGUUAAUGCCAAGAAUAUCAGUUUGUACUGGUGAUUAAUUCCAAAUGGGUUUUCUCCCUGUAAUGCACUGUGAAGAGUGCAGAUGUUUAGUUCACAUCCAGUUGUUCUAGAUUAGAGUACUUGGACUGUUUAUCUUCUAAUUCUUUCUUGCAUCAGAAAAAAGUCAAGUAACAUGUUCAGUGGACAUUUCCUUUCUAUUUUGUGCAGUGUAUGUGAUCCAAAUAGGUAGCCUGUACAUUUUAUGACCUGUAACCACAAACCCACCCCAUUAAAGAAAAGCCUAUCACAGUUGAA